AUGUUAAAAUUUUUAAUGCAAGAUGAAAAUGUUCCUAUAGUUUGCAGUUGCAAGCAAACACAUUUGGUCCACUCCGAAACACCCAGUUCCCUUACUGAAGAGGAUGGCCACGUUUCAUUUUGCAAUUGCAAUGGACAUACGCUGACAAAAAGGUGCUGUUUACAAAAUCAAAGACCAAACACUUGUUUGCCACCUCUGUCUGUUUGUGUGAAAGAUUUCGAUUCUUUGUCAUGCCAAGCUGUAGCGAUUGGAUGUAUUAAGACAAUGGUGAACAAAGCAUGUAGUUCUCAUAAGCAUUGUGCUGAACAAUUCCAAAAUUCUAACAAGCAUUCUGUGAAAGCAGCAACAUGUACAUAUUCAACUAAGGACCAUCAUCUCUGGAACAGCAUUAAAAAUCCAGAUAGAUCUCGCAGCCCAUCACCACCUCCACUAUCACCCAUACAGAGUAAAGAAUUUGAAUCAUCAGAAGGAUCGGUUAUAGAUUUUGCAACUUUAGACAAUAACAAGCUUGAAAUAUCCAUCAACCAGCCUCCAUCCCUCUUGCCAGCUGAAGGAAGUGAAGGAGAAUUUGAAUAUGAAGGUAAAACAUGCAGAGGAAAAGAGACUGAAUAUUCAUAUGGAACAUUACUAUCAACAGACCAAGAAAGCAACAAUUAUUAUAUAAAUUCUGAGAAGGCUGAGAAAGGUGAACAUUCUGCCAUUUUUCAAGAUUUAAUGGACCGUAUUAAUGAAAAGUUAAAAUCAAUAGACACUACAGAUAUAGCAACAAAUCUUGUAAAACUUUCUAGCAGUGACAGGGCACCAGAAAAUGAUGUCAAAUUAGGAGAAUUCAUAAGCUCUCUUUUGCAUAAUGCGAAGGCAAGUGAUUACAGCUUUAUGGAAUUACUUCGCCAACAUGAUAAAGAAGUGGAAAAUAAAAUUAUCCAAACAAGAUUUCGCAAGCGUCAGGAAACUUUAUUUGCAAUGUAUAAUUCUCCUGAUUCACCAUUCAUUCGACGACAGUCUUUGCAAAUCAAGAGGGAGCUUGCAAGCCUUGAUGAAACCCUUGUAAGAAAGAAGUCAAUUUCUGAGAGAAAUGCAAAGAAAGCUACAAAAAAAAUUGAUAAAAUAUAUCCAAAUAAAAGACACGGUUUUACUGUGAUAGAAGAUGAGUCUUUGCAACAUCUUGAAAGUAAUCCAUGCAUGAAUUGCCAAACCAAACCAAUGUGCUUUCCAGUACACCAAACAGAGUCUUUCAAACUACCUCUUACUAAUUUUCAAACCAGCUCUGGCUUUCUAGUUCUUUCAGAAGACAGUGCUGUUGCAGCCAGCCAGGCAAAACUCACAAAAACACAAGGAGAUUGUGCAGCCUUAAAAGAGACUGAUCAGAUUCCUCUAAAGGAUGAGAGUAAUGGAAUAUUGGUCAGAACUAAACGUAACAUUGUGCCUCCUGGAUGGUACUCUGUGUAUGUAACGAACAAUAUUGUGUUUAGAAAGUCACCCAAUGCAAAAAAGUCUUUAGAAAGUUUGGAAAAAAUGAAAAUAAAUAAAGACAUUCAUGCUGACAGAUGCAGUGAUAUAAAUAUAAGCAAAAUUGUGAGAGACACAAAUCUGCAAGUUGUUGUAGAGCGUUUAGAAGAUACAAUAAACUUAGCCAGAAAGACUAAUAACCCGUUGCUGGAUAGUUACAAAAUAAGCCAAAAAUUCAAAGAUAAUGCUUAUGAACAGGUUAUGAACCCAGCUGCUAGAAGAGGCUUACCUUUCACUCUGAGUGAAAUGAGAUGCACAGGACAAAGCUUCCUUCCACAUUCACGUGUGCCAAGCAGCGGCAAAAUCAAAAAUGUGUGUGUGACAACAAACAAACAAGAAAUGGUUAUAGAUCAGGAAAUUAAUGACAGCCUUUUGAAAUCUCUGACUUUUGAUUCAUCCAGUUCAACUUCCAAUAAUGGGGACUUGCAUAUAUCUUCUGAACCUGGGGAGAUCUCAUCUCCCUUAAACUACUCUAGUCCUAUUAAGCUUAUGUUUGUCUCAGAGGUUAAUAGUAGUGAAGGAGUCAAAUAUACUUUGACAUCUGCAGCUGCAUCUUCUAAGGGAAGCAGAGAUAUUUGUUUGUUUCAGGGGCCCGCAAACACUUUGUUAGACAAAGAGGCCACAGAGGAUCUUUCUCAUGCAGUCUCUGUCAAGGAUUGUGAUUACAGUGAAAACAAUACCAAGGAGGAGUCAAGUUGUGUUUGUGCAGAAGCAAUUACAAGCUCUUGUCCAGUUGGUCAAACUAACUUAAAUGACUCAAAACAAAAUGACGAAGUUGUGGAGAAAUCGAGCAGUAGCGGCGAAUCGGUUUUAAAAAGAAAACCUGGUAGACCAAAGAAAAUAGGUCCUCAAGUUGUUAAGCAGGUUAAGAGACCUAUUGGCCGGCCUCCAAAACCAAAAAUAGACAUGACUGAAAGCACAAAACCCAGGCCUGCACUUAGCAGUGAUGGUAAAAGUACCAAGUCUGAUGCAGCAGUAAUGGAAGAAGUUAACAGCAACAAAAAUAUUACUGUGACAGUUGUUUUUGGAAGGUCAAGAAGAACUAAGAGACAUGUUUCUGUAGGUAAUCUAAAUGUAAUCAGCAUUCUGCCCACACAACAUGUUGGUCCUAAUUUUGCCAAUGACCACAGCAAAGCAAGGCACAAUGCAGAAACUGAAAAUGCUUUGACUGAAAUAGUAAAAGCCUUACAGAAUUCUUCUACUGAAAACGAGGUCUCUGGUUAUGACUAUGUCAGACCUAUCAAAAGUAACCUGGCUUCACCACAUCCUUGCAGCAAUAUUAUACGGCCAAUUAAGAAACCGUUAACCACCAUUCGAAAACCUGGUAGGCCAGCAAAAGUAAAAAUCUCCGGCAUAUCAGUGACCGUUAAUAGACUUUCAUCUCAGGAAAGAAAAGUGAGUAUUAGCAACUGUUUGCCUCCUUUACAACAGCAGAAUGUGUUAGAAAAAAACAUACCACAGGAGAGAAAAAAUCAACUGUGCAAUACCAUGGGUCAAGGAACGAGCAUGCAAAAAGAUCCUAGAGAGGAUGGAUCAAACAAUGUUAUUACAACAGUGUCAAGAAGACAUGACAUUCCAUUGAGACAUUCUGCUAGAGACAGAAAACCAUCACUGCAUUUUUUACAUUCGUUAGCAUCUUCUAGUGCAUUUACUUGUAGAAGUGCCUUACUACAUAAAUCUUACAAACUCCAUUUGAAAAAAGCUAAAGAUCGAAAGGAAAAACGUAGGCAAUCAAAUCAGAGCACAGCAUCCAAAGAUACCUCAGAAUUAAGACAUUCAGGAAAUGCAAAAAAGGAUGUUAAGGAUGGUGAAUUUGGGCCCAUUAAUGAAGUAUCAUCAGAUCCCAUUUUUUCAUCUAAUCCCUCUCUCAGGUGGUGGGCUACUUCCACUUCAAGUGACACUUUGUUGGAAGAACUGAAUAAUAGAUUUGAACAGAUAACUAAUACCUGGUUGCGAGUGGGGGGAAGUGAGUUUGAUAAAUGCGUAUGUGAGAAAAGGGAUCCCAUUGAACAAGACUGUAAUACCGAAAUGUCAAACCCUUUAGACUCCUGCCUUGUAGAACUUGAAACAUCACCUAUAAAAAUGCUUUUUCAGAAAAAGUGUGAUAUGAAUGAACUCUGCACCUGGUUUAUGCAAACUACAGAAACACAGUCUCUCUCUCUGGUGAGAAAGGCAAAUGCUCGCAAUCCUUUAGAAGUAGUUAGUACUAGAGAGAUAAAGAUGGAAACUAAACAAUCUGAUCUUAGUACUUGCCCUUUCAGAAAGCACUUUAAAAAGUUUGCACUAUCUUCUCCUUCAAAACCAGCAGGGAAAUUACAAAUAUUACAUAACAUGGUGAGGUCUCCAGUCUUAAGCAUGAAAAGUAAUUUUGCACUAGCCAGAUUAAAAAGAAAUGAAUUUAAGAAGUUACAGCGUGAUAGGUGGGGACAAAUGAAAAAACUCUAUAAUCAGGCUCCCGGAGGCUGGAAAUCAAAAAAGAAAAAUUUGCAGUUCUUUUGCCAAAGCCAGUUGUUUAAAAGUACAAGUGGGGAAACCAAUGAUGAAAUGCCCAAGCUCCAGGAAAAAAACACGUUAGAAAUCCAGCCCACUCAGACUUUGGUAGACUCUCAGAGUAGCCUCUUGCCAGCUGAAAGUGAAGCCAGAGAUGCAUUUGUUCAACAGAUGAUGGGAUCUUCUGACUUUAACCCACAUCCUGGUUUAGCAAAUAUACUUAAGUCGCAUGCAGAGACAAAUGGAACAAUUUGUUGCCAGCAAAGUGUUAGAAAAGAACAAAGCCAAGAUAAACUGUUUCAAAAUACUUGGAAAGCCAAAACCUUUAAAGAUUGUAGGAUAUUUCUGAGAAAAAUCAACCAUAUUGAGCAGCACAAUUCAUUUAAGUUAAAUAAUGUCAUUUAUUCUCCUGAAGCUGUUGAAAGUAAAAGCAAUCAGGCCUAUAUGGAAGAAAAAAGACAUCCUCUUUUAAGGUCCCAUUCUACUAAGCAAAAUGCAUUAAAGCAACAAGAAAAUGAAAUGGAAACAUCUAAAGGAUCUAAUUCUUCUAAAGUGACUGAAGGGCUGGAUCACCAGUUUCACAGCAGAAAAUUAAGUAGUGGUGUAAACCAUGAUGAUAAUCCUGCUGGUAGUUCUGAAGUUGUUAUCAGAAUAAACAAAAGAAAAAGUCCACAAUGGGAGACCACUGAUACAAAUGUAAGAAAAAGGCAUAAGAGACAAUCAUGCAGUAGUGGACAAAUGGCAACUUAUUACCCAAAGUAUCAAGUAGUCUGGUCUGAAUUUCGACUUGUGCCCGUUGUUUUUUGUCCUCCCAUCACGUGCAACAAAGAGCCUGGUUCCAUCUCCUCACCAGACUCCUGGUGGGUAACUGGGAGUCCCCCCAGCACCCGCAGGCUGAACAAGCCCAGCUCCCUCGGCCUCUCCCCCCAGGACAAGCGCUCCAGCCCCCAGCCAGCUUGGGGCCUUCACUGA